CGGGCUCUUUAGGGUCCGGUACUAUUCAAACUGGGCGCGGCGCGCGCGCUCGGUCGGCUGGAGCCGCGUCCUGGCCCUGAGGCGGCGGCGGAGGCGGGAACUUCUUCAGGAUGGAGAGCUAUGUUUCUUGCCUUUGUUGGAUUCUUGGGAUCAUCUGAGAUAGCCUGACCCUCCAUCCAUCUUGCCUUGUAAAAAAGAUAUAUCCAUUCUUCCAGGGAGUUUUUCUCCAUAUAGUACGCGUCAAACCUUGAACAGUUAAGCAGCACACCAGAAAUAUGGAGGAAGAUGACUUAAGUGAAAGGGGGUUGCCACAAAUUGCUUCAAUCAUGAAUAGAGUUAGAGACUUGAAAAACAAGUACAGAAAUGAAGACAGCAUCACAGAUGAGCUUAACUGUACUAAAAUCUUGGCUGAUACAACAGAUAACUCGGGAACUGUUAAUCAGAUAAUGCUGACAAAUAAUCCAGAAGAUUGGCUGUGUUUUUUGCUUCGGCUGGAGAAAAAGGGUAUUCCUCAGAUGGACGUUAACCUGCUGAAUACACUCAUUGGUCGUUACAGUCAAGCAGUGACUGCGUUACCUGCAGAAAAGCAUAGUGAAGAUGAGAGCUAUGCUCGCAUCCUUGUGAGAUUUGCCGAGUUGAAAGCUCUUCAAGAUCCAGAGGAGGCACGGGACCAAUUUCAUCUGGCCAAACUGAACUGCAAGAGAUUUGCUUUUGUGCAUGUGGCUUUUGCACAGUUUGAGCUAUCACAAGGAAAUGUGAAGAAGUGUAAGCAGCUCCUUCAGAAAGCUGUGGAGUGCUCUGCUGUUCCACUAGAAAUGCUGGAAACUGCUCUACGAAACUUUAAUUUACAAAAAAAGCAGUUGCUUUCAGAUGAGAAGGAGAACUUAGCAGUAUCAAGUACACAAGAGCCUGGACUUCAGAGCAUAGCUGGAAAUCACAAAAACGUAAAAAGGAAUGAUUCUGGUGAAAAUUCUUCUACUGUUGCCAGACAAUUGCUUGGGGAGAAGUCACAGGAACUUGAUGCUCUAGUUAAUUACCACAAUCCAUUAAGACCACUAAACAAAUCUAACCAGGCCUGCCCCUUUGGGAGGAUUCCAGUUACUCUAGUAACUGAUGCUGGUGAUGAUGUGGAGAAGAUGGAUGUCCCACUUCCAGUUAGUGUUAUGAAGAGGCAAAUAUCUGGCUCCAAAUGUACAGCCUUCACUGCACCUUUUCCACCAUCAGAACCAAAAUCUAGUAGGGGUGAUUCCUGUGACCUGGGAGACUUACAGAUGUUGGAGGAGAACAGCUUAGAAACUUCUACCAAUUCAACUAUAACUCUCAAAACCAAAAUGGAUGUAAGUCAUACAAUGAAAAGAGAAGAAAAUAGAGUCCAGCAUCAGGAGCUCAAGAUACCAGAGCCAAGGAGUCUGGAAAGUCAACAUCAACCGUCUAGUUCUGGUGAAAGCUAUAGAAAGCAGUUGGACCAGAUUAAACUAAACUGUGUUAAUGCCAGAAAAAUACGGCCAAUUCAAGAAGUAACAGAGAAAAGCUGCUACAGAGAGGGAAAACAAUCAAGCCUUGAACAAUCUAGUCAUCCUGUUUCAAAAGGAUUAUCACCACCAGAUGCUGUUUCUAGGAAAUGUGAUCCAUCACGUGUUUGUGGAACACCAAGCACCACAUAUAAUGAUUAUAUGGACUGUUUCAGAACACCAGUUGUAAAGAGCAACUUCCUACCAGGAUGUCAAAAUUCUGCUUCCUACAGCCAGCUCCCAUAUUUGCUACCACGUACCUCAGCAACUCCAUUUCAAAAUCAAGUUGGCUUGCAGGUUCCAGCUUCUCUACCAUCACACGAAUGUCUUGGUAUCAAAGGAAGAGUUUAUACGAUGCUAAAGCAAAUAGGCAGUGGUGGAUCAAGUAAGGUGUUUCAAGUACUGAAUGAGAAGAAGCAGCUGUAUGCUGUCAAAUAUGUGAACCUAGAGGAAGCUGAUCAACAGACUGUUGAGAGCUAUAAGAAUGAAAUUGCUCAUUUGAAUAAACUGCAGCGACAUAGCGAUAAGAUCAUUCGCCUUUAUGACUAUGAAAUUACUGAUCAUCAUAUCUACAUGGUAAUGGAGUGUGGAAAUAUUGACCUCAAUAGCUGGCUUAAAAAGAAAAAAAACAUCGAUCCAUUGGAACGAAAGAGCUAUUGGAAAAAUAUGCUGGAAGCUGUUCAUACAAUCCAUGAAUAUGGCAUUAUUCACAGUGAUCUGAAACCAGCAAACUUCCUGAUAGUUGACGGAAUGUUAAAACUGAUUGACUUUGGCAUUGCAAACCAAAUGCAGCCAGAUGUGACAAGCAUCGUUAAAGAUUCUCAGGUUGGCACAAUGAAUUACAUGCCACCGGAAGCAAUAAAGGAUCUCUCUUCCUAUGGAGAAAAUGGGAAAUCUCGCUCUAAGAUAAGUCCCAAAAGUGAUGUGUGGUCAUUGGGAUGCAUUUUGUACUGUAUGACAUAUGGAAGGACUCCAUUUCAACAUAUAACAAAUCCAAUUAAUAAACUGCAUGCUAUUGUUGAUCCUAGCUAUGAAAUAGAAUUUCCUGAUAUUGCUGAGAAGGAUCUUCAAGAUGUGCUAAAGCGCUGUUUAGUAAGAAAUCCUAAACAAAGAAUAUCAGUUUCAGAGUUGCUGGUACAUCCCUAUGUUCAAAUUCAAAGUCACUGUCAAACAGGUGUUGCAAAUGCAAAAGGAACAACAGAGGAAAUGAAACGUAUCCUUGGCCAGCUUGUUGACUUGAAUUCUCCCAACUCUAUUUCUAGAGCUGCUCGGACUUUAUAUGAACAGUGCAACAGUGGUAAAAGUCUUGAUGUAUCAGCAUUUGCAAAACCUGGGAGUCAAAAAUCACGGACAACAAAAUGAUGUACUACUCAGGAUAAACAGAUGUCUGAUUACCUGGAUCACAGGAUUUCAUGGUUUUUUCUUUUUGGUCUUGGAACGUUAGGCUUCACUGAUAUCUUCCUACCAGUUGAUUUUUGUAGCUUUUAUUUCCAUGACUCUUGAAACAUUUAAAGGAUUGAAAAUGAGUGGGAUGGUGCUCCUGGUUACCUGGUAACGUGUACCUGUAACAGUACUGUGAAAUGUCUGUAAAGCCUCUGAAGAAGGGAGGUGGUCUAGCAUGGACUACCAGGUUUUACUCUCUGACAGAAGUAUCACUGUUUAUCCAAGCACUGGAGCACAAAUCCACUGCCUGGAAAUCCUUUCUGCCUCUGGUGCAGGUGCAUGUUCAUGGCACUUCUGUUGUCUGUAUGCCAUCUGGUAGGUCGGUUAGGUCAGCUGUCUGUGGAGAGCAAAACCGGUCACCCUUGUGGCUGAAGGCUUACUGAAGCCAACACAUCUUACUGCCUGCGGAAAAUGCAGCUGGAGUCUAGAGAACUCUCAAAAAUUACUUUGAGCAUUUGUAAGCAAACACUACCGGGUAGCUGUGUUUUCUUUUCUCAGGAUGUGGGAUUUCAUAGCAUUUCAUAGCAUUUGGUUUGACCGGGUCAGAGGGGAAUUCCCACUGCCCUUGACACGUUUAUUAGCUGGGCUGAGAUACCUUUACGUUAUCUUUGUGUAGGUAAGCUUAUCUUACACCUGUAGGAAUAGGUAUAUUGUUCUACGUGUUCUAUUCUACUUCAGUGUUUAUGGGGGACUGCUCUUUACUGACAACUUCAGUUGAAGAAAAUGUUACCUUUUAUCCCUGGAGGAUGCGUCUAUUUCUGCAGUGAUCUGGAUGCAGAGUAGCACUGUACUUUGCUUGAUUCUUCAGUUCACAACAUAACCUUUUUCUACGCUUGCACACUAAGCAAUAGUAGCUUAACUGGUAUCACUCGUAGCACUAUUGUAAUGUCUUGCUUUUGAAGUUAAUAGCAAAGAAUGAAUUGUAAAUGCCUCUUUCAACAGCAAUAUUGAAGGAACAGUGAGUUCUUGCUGUCUUUCCUGCCAUUAAUUUAUCAGCUUUUGAUGACUUUGCAGCCCUAUAAGAACUGGAGAAUGAGAGAAGAGUAGCACACACUUGGAUCUCAAAUGAUACGUGAAACUCAGAAGUAUUGUAUUUUCCCCAGACCUUAGUAACUUUGGUUUUUAAAUGAGUUUUCAAAGCUUGCUAAUAUAAUAAAAGCACCCUUUGAUAGGUGGGAAACUUUGUUUUUAAUUCAUAUCUAAAGCAGCAAAACAAUUCAAAUACUUUUUAAAAAAGUUCUGUAAUGACAGUUAGUAUUUCUGUAACAUCAGGUGUCUGCUUAAUGUUUGCGUUUCAAAACUUAAAGCCUCACCACCUUCAUAUGCCAGUUAGGAGUAUUCUUCUGUGACAGAGCAAGUGCUUGUAAAAGAGCAUGAAUUAUUCUGGGCUGUGGCGUUUCUGUCUGAAUACCUGCCCUCCUUUGUUCCAGGUUAGCAGUGAUUCUUCGGAUUACACAGGGAGGGUGAUUAGGAGAGGGAACUACUCUUGAUACCAGCCCUUCUCCCCUCGGCCUGGGCUGGGGGGAGGGCUGGAACGGAGGGCAGAGGAUGUGUUCGCACCCCAGUAGUGGGGCAUAAGCAGGAACAGCGCAUCUCCCUUGUGAGGGCAAACUUGGAAUGAUAAACUUGACUUUGUUGUUGGUCUAAUUGUUAUUAUAUGAAACAGAUUGUGGAGUCUGAAUUAUCUGCAGAGACAGGGGGAGGUAUCCCAUAUUUCUUGGGGGAAAAAAUGUUAAAAGACUUGUUCCCUGUAAUGGUCCUGGUUUUGUUUGGUUGGUUCUGUUUUAGGGGUUUUUUUUCAUCCAGACUUUAGUACUCCUGUGGAAAUUCAGUGGUAUUUCAAGCAUACUGAGUACAUAGGCUAACUGCACUCCUCUUGUCUGUUAUAUAGAUGUUAGUUAUGAAGCAUAAACCAACUAAAGAAAAAAUGUUAAUGUUCUGCACCUUUCAGAUUCUAGAUAGCUUGGGAAACUACUUAUGGCAUGGGAAGUGAAACACUGUCUCCACUUUCUCUGGAGAGGGGAAAAAGAAGUAUCAGCCUCUUCAGAGGAAAACUUGUGAAGAAAAUCUUUACAGAAACAUCUUUUCACAAAGAGUUACUGUUGAAAUGUCUCGCGACUACUUGUGUAGAUUGCAGGUCUUGAAAUAUUUCUGCAUAAUUAUUUGAAUGUUAUAAUUGUUAACUUCUGCUGUUUUGCUUCUGUGGUUAAUGUUGAAUACGCAGAGAAGCAGUGCUACAUGCCUCUUUUUUUUUCUGUUGUAUGGUAUGGUUUAUCAAUCCUUUCUCAUUCCAUGACUGCUAAAGAACCCACGGGAAAUACAGCUGGCACGAGAGGGAGCUUAUGAAAGAGGACUGGGGCUGAUGAGAGGCAGUGGGUUGUUAUCAGUCAUCCCUUUUAAAUAAAAAUUUCCCAUUGCAAAUAGGUAA